CGAAGGGAGUCGGACAUAUGCGCGUAUAAACAAACCGGCUCACCCACAUUCAUACUUGUGUCCAAUUUAGUCUUUAUUUAAUCCAAAAUGUUUGUUCUUAGAAUGUGGGAGGAAGAUACCUAACGUUGUAAAAUACAGUGGAACUGAAUGGUUCUCAAUGUGUGGCUCCCUCUAGUGGCGCGCGAAGAAUCACGCCGUUAAAUGUUCAAACUGAGCCUAAUGUUUCAGUGACUUCAAUUUAACAUUUGUCAAGUACAGUUCAGUUGUAUUUAACUUUUAAGUAAAGAUUGAUUUACACACCACCAAACGAGAAUGUAUAUAAAAAAAAGUAUAGGUGGGUUUAUAAUAUAAUAUGCACCUUGUGCCAAUUAGUCAAAUAGCAUUUAAGUGAUGUGCCUGUCACUGUAUGUCGUUGGCAUUGAACGAUGACCAAAGAUAGAUUAUGUCUAGUAAAUUCAUAAUUUGGACGAUUAUGUCGGUGUGGCUGCCAUUCCAUUUGACAUUUGCCGGCGGUCGAAAAGUCCUUUUUGAUCCCGUCUGCUGCCUCAUUCUUGUAAGAGCGCACUUUCGCUGCGAGCUACGACCGGUUGUCUUGACGACGCAGAACUUCACGGGGCGUCCUAAUACUUUUGUCCAUGCAAGUGUUUGUCUUGCACUCGCGUUGUGUUUCUUUGCUGUUUGUCUGCGACGACAGAAAGCGAGUCGUUGUUGUCGUCGCUGUCCUGUUUUGUUGUUGUUGUUUUUCUUUGGUCUUUGUUGCUGUGGUCUCGUUCCGACUGACGCCGCCUACGUUUUGCAGCCCUGUGGCUCCACGUUUGCGAGCAGCAGAGUUCUGGAGGAGCACAGCGAGCAGCUGCAGAGUCUGAGCUGGAAACGGGACGGUUCCCUGCUGGCGUCCACCUGCAAGGACAAGAUGCUGCGAGUGUUUGACCCGAGAGCCCAACUGAAAGCAGUUCAGAGCGCCGCCUGCCUGCAGAACAACAAAGAUUCUCGCAUUCUGUGGGCCAAGGAAGACUUUCUGCUCACCACGGGCUUUGACAGGAUGCGUAACCGGGAGGUGAGGCUUUGGGACAGCAGGAACUUGACUUCUUCCUUGAGGUCCCAGACCUUUGGCACCUCCAGCGGGACGCUGAUUCCUCUUCUUGAUGCUGAUACUGGUCUGCUGGUGCUCGCUGGCGUGGGCGACACGGUGGCGGACUGCUUGGAAGUGUCCACCUCUGAGCCCUUCCUCUCUCAAGUGAGCCACUGUCUGACUGACAUGUCAACGCGCGGCGUCGCCACGGUACCCAAGCGGGCGCUGGACGUGAUGUCUUGCGAAGUGAUGCGCGUGCUCCAGCUGACGGACAACUGCAUCGUGCCCAUCAGCUAUCAAGUCCCUCGCAAGAAUUCCGGCCACGACUUCCACGCGGACCUUUACCCGGACACGGAGGGCGUCAGUCCGGCCGUGUCUGCUGAUGAGUGGUGGCAGGGGGCGAACAAACAGGUGCAGAAAGUCAGCCUCCAUCCGGACAAGAGGCCCAAAGCCGCAGAGGCUCCGGCAGCCAAUCAGACGCCGGCAAGGAAGGAUCAUACCAGCGGGGACAGCAAGGAGGCGCCCCGUUGUUCCACCUCCAGCAGUCCUCUGAGCACGCCCACCAGCAGCGCCGUCGCGUCCCGCUCACCCUCCUCCACCUCGGGCCUCUCCUCGGGCUUCCUCCCCUCGCCAAGCCCCGGCCAGGCGGCCAAGGCCUUCCAGAACUUCCUCGGACCGAGCUCCAAGUUCCGGCACAUCCAGGGCGUGGUGCUGCACCGCGACACGCACAUCACCAACGUGCGCGACCUCAACCUGACCACGCCGGGCGAGUGCGACGGCUUCUGCGUCAAUCGCCGGCACGCCGCCGUGCCCCUCGCCAUAUCCGGCGGCCAGAUUGCCGUCUUUCAGCGCUCCCGGCCCGGAAAGCUGCCGGACGCGGCUCUGCCCACCCUCCAGAACUCUGUCAGUGUGGCGGACCUUCGUUGGGACCCCUUUGACACAUGUCGACUCGCUGUGGCUGGUGAGGACGCAAAGAUCCGAGUGUGGCGGGUGCCCGAGGACGGCCUCAAGGAGACGCUGACGGAGCCUGAGCUCAUCCUGCAAGGCCACACCGAGAAAAUUUACUCCAUCACAUUCCACCCUUUGGCCAGCGAUCUGCUGGCGUCGUCGUCUUAUGACCUCACUGUCCGAUUGUGGAACCUGGAAGAUGGAGAGCAGGUGCAGCUCCUCACUGGACACCAGGAUCAGGUUUUCGCCAUGGCUUGGAGCCCGGAUGGCAAGCUGCUGGCAACGGUUUGCAAAGAUGGCAAAAUCCGUGUGUACGACCCGCGCAAGUCCGCCGCGCCUGUGCAGGAGGGUCCAGGCCCCGAUGGGCACCGAGGCGCUCGUGUGGUGUGGGUUUGUGACAGCGAGUACCUGCUGGUGUCUGGAUUCGACAGCCGCAGCGAGCGAGGCCUCUACUUGUACUCCGCCGUCUCCCUCUCCUCCGGCGUGGUGGCCAGCGUCUCUGUGGACGUCUCCCCCUCCACGCUGAUCCCUUUCUACGACCCGGACACCGGUGUGGUUCUCCUCACCGGAAAGGGGGACACCCGGGUGCACAUCUACGAGAUCGUCCCUGAGGAGCCCUACUUUGUGGAGUGCAGCAGUUUUAACAGUCCCGAGCCACAUAAGGGCUUGGCCUUCCUCCCCAAGAGCGAGUGCAACGUGCGCGAGGUGGAGAUAGCGGCGGCCCUGAUGCUCACCAAGACCACCGUGGAGCCGGUGGUGUUCAAGGUGCCAAGAGUCAAGAAAGAGUUUUUCCAGGACGACUUGUAUCCGGACACGUGGGCGUGCUGGGAGCCGGCGCUGAGCGCCUCGGCCUGGCUCGACAACGCCGACGGUCAGCACAGGAAGAUCAGCUUGAGGCCCGGCGACAUGACGCCAGUGAGCGAAGCCCCCAAAGAGGCCCCUGUGAGGAAGUACAUGCCUUCGUCUUUCUACCUGGAGGAGAAGACUGACGAGCAGAAGAAAGAGGAGCUUCUGGUCGCCAUGGUUGCCAAGCUGGGAAACAUGGACGACCCGUUGCCCCAAGAAUCCUUCGAGGGCGUCGACGAGGAGGAGUGGGAUGAUUAAAAAUGCUCGGAGCGAGGAAAGAGGACAGCCGCACUCUUCCACUGAAAUACUCUCUCUGCCUUCCGGCGUCACUGCGACAAAUUUGCCACGGAUUUUGUGUCUCUCCUUUGAAAUGUGACAUUUUUAAAAAAUAUAUGUGAUGUUGGUAAUUGUGAGCUGGGAAUUUUUAAACAUGUCACAAAAACAGGAAUUCAUCCGGCUUUUGGUUUUCUUUCACUCCGAUACAAAACAUCGACACUUAAAUGUGCCACAAAUUUAUGUACAAUGGCAUAAUCCAUGUCAUAAAAUAGAGCUCUUUUAAAAAGUGGCAUUCACUUAAAAAUGUGUUUACUAUUGUAGGUGUAGUUCACUUAAUGGUUCCUCUUCAGAAGAUAUAUACAAAAAAAAUGAUCAUCUUCUAGUUGUAAAUUAUCUGGGAAAUGUUUACUGUAUGUUUGAUGAAAUGCUUACGAGGCAAUUGUCUUCUCGCUCUAUAAAAUACACGUAUAACUAAUCAUAGCAAGGACACCACAGGGUCACCAGUCUUCAUAUUUGGCCAUGAACUGGAUUUUUUACAUUAUUUUUUGUACUAAUUAUCCUGGUUAUUCUUCUAUUGCUACUGUAUUUCUACCAGUUGUAUUUGAAUAUUUGUAUCUGUUCAUAUACAGUAGUUUGGGUUUCCUUUUAAAAGGCGUUUUUUUUUUUUUUUUUUUUUAAAUAGCACUUCCUCCUAAUGUUUAUUUUUGUGAGAAUUUCAUUGUAGGUUUUAGUAUUUCUAACUUUCUAAUGUCUCUUAAAUCACAUUUGCAGUAUUAGUCCAAAUGUACCAUUAAGCCAUAACGGAAAGUAUGUCAUUUCCAAAAUAAACUGGACAGAAGUUGUUUACAACCUCCGAUGGAUGAAUGCGAACGGCAAGUGUCCUCAGUGUUGGUGCAAUGAUGUACUGUACUUUACUGUAAUAUGUAUUUGCUUGUCCUUCUACUCAGAUGCCAUACUUUGUAAUUUUCCGGAUACUACUGGGAUCAUUUUUUUUAAUGCGGUGGAGGACGUUUUUCUGGUUAUAAGGUUGUUGUUUGUUAUUUUUCCAACAUUGUCUUGACAUUAAAUUUUACUUUGAUUUUU